AUGGACUCCGACGAUGAGGUCUUGAUCGACUGGCGGAGCGUGCCUCUCCCCAAGCGAGGCGAAAAGGAGUUUGAACCCGAUGGCCUGGACGUGCAACAGGGGCUGCUCAGUGAAGCUGUAGAAGCGAUGUUUUCGGCGCUCGGAUUCCCCCGGGGCCAUUCCUUAAGACAACAUGUGGAAGCAGUGUGGAUCGGCGACCGCCUGGUGGUGCCGUUUCCAAAGGGGAACUAUUUCCGAGAUAUGGGUAGUGCUGGCGAUAAAGGUAUCCUUCAGUUAGACGCCGUGGAGACGAUCUACCUUUGUGAACGAGGGCUGCUUACAGUUUUAUUGGGUGAUGAUCAAUUCCAACAAGAAUUGGAAACUACGAAAAGUGCCGAGAAAUUCCGUCAAGUGGAUACAACAAGGUUACCCGCGUGUGACUUGGCUGAGCUCUACGCGGCAUCGGGAGUCGAUAUCGAUGAAUAUCAAAUCUACGCCUAUUUGAAGCGAUUGGGCUAUUUGGUGAGACGAUGGAAUAUCACAAAUACUGAAACAACCCCUAAAGUAUCAUACAAUCCGCCGUGGUGGCAGUAUUUCACUCGCUUCACAUCAUACUAUAAGUUAUUUGCCAGUUUACUGCGACCACAAGUGGACGAUUUCUCCACCCAGCCACCACCGCUGCCUCAGGGGUUUGCCGUAUGGAAACCUACCCCCAAUUUCCGUAAACUGGACCCGCCACCACCUCACUAUCACGUCGUGUGUGUGCUGGCUCAUGACCCAUUCCCUACUUUAGAGAGUGUCCAUUCAUUAGCCCAAGUGUCACCAGGGGUGCCUCCUCGGCCUCAGAAACCAGGCAGAAAGCUUCGGCGAGCACCUAAUAAUCCUAUGGUCGCCUAUAAUCAAGCCCGUGACAGUAAAAUAAGGAUGGGCCACUCCCCUACGGUGUAUGCGGUAAAUUCCGACGGCAUCAUCAAUAUUGUUACACUCGGAGUCGGUGACUUUGAAUUGAUUAACGAACCUGAACUCGAGGAAAUGUUCCCCGGAAGAUUUCACGGUAUCAUGGUGAGAAACUAA